GGUAUUAAUUAUCUGAGAUUCAUUUUCUAUAUCACUCUUCUCCUUCUUCAGAUUCGGAAAAUGGACCUUGAGGCAAGAAGUUUGCAGCCAAGCGCAAAGGCAAUGCUUCUUGCAAAGUUGAGGGAGUACAAAUCUGAUCUAAGCAACUUGAAAAAGGAAUUUAAAAGGCUAACAUCACCUAAUUCUGACGAGGCUGCCCGUGAAGAAUUGUUGGAGGCUGGCAUGGCAGAUACUCAUUCGGCUUCUGCUGAUCAGAGAGAAAGAUUAACUAUGUCUGUGGAGAGAUUAAACCACUCCAGUGACAGAAUAAGGGAGGGCCAUAGAACCUUACUGGAGACUGAAGAACUUGGUGUUUCCAUCCUCCAGGAUUUGCACAGUCAGCGAGAGACUCUAUUGAACUCCCAAAUAAGGGUAGUUGACAUGUAUAACUAUUUUUUUUAAUGAAGCAUUCUGAUUAUGUGAACUUUAGGUUGUUUUAGUCCUUUUUUCAUGAACUAGGAAAGAAUCAUGAGAUGAUCUUUAUUAUCUGAGAAGUAUUAAAACCAAUCAUGACACUUAUUUGGGGAACAAGAUUAUGAACCUCCUUCAACUUAACAAAUGCAAUGAGAAGUUGUGAUGAUUAUUGGUUGAUGGUCAUGUUUCCUUGCGUUGCAGCUUCAUGGGGUAGAUGAUGCUAUUGACAAGAGUAAGAAGGUUUUAACUACCAUGUCACGGAGAAUAACUAGGAACAAAUGGAUCGUUGCAUCUGUGAUUGGAGCUCUUGUUUUUGCUAUAGUUGUUAUUCUUUUUUACAAGCUAUCUCAUUAGCUUAUAAAAUCAUAAAAGAUAUGACAGAAUGGAAGCAAUGUUUAAUGCUUUUAUGUACUUGGUUGUAUAUAGGAAAUGUAUGGACAUAGGUGGCGUUAUCAUAUAUCCCUGCAAUUGUUUCGCCUCUGUUAUUUUUAAGAUUGGAAAGUUUUUCCAAUGAUAUACUUUGCUUUUUAAUGCUCUUAAUUAAUGUUUUUCUUUUGAACUGUAAGAACAAUUACUUAAUGCAAGUAAGUCUGUUCGAGUA